AAGGAGGCGGAGCGGACCGACAGACCGAUCCGUCACUCCGCUCACUGCUCCGCCGCUCACACCCACCCGGACCCACACUCAGACCCAUACCCGGACCCACGACACCCGGACCGACACCCGGAUCGACCCCCGGACCAUGAAGCCCGGAGGAGGAGGAGGCUCCGCGGCGCUGCUGCUGCUGCUGCUCGGCGGCUGCUGCUGCUCCAGCCCCGGGAGGAGAGUGUGUCAGGGGAUGAGCAACCAGCUGAACCUGCUGGGAACCCGAGAGAACCACUACGACAACAUGGUGAGGAUGUUCUCAAACUGCUCCGUGGUCCUGGAGAACCUGGAGGUGACCUACAGCCUGGAGAACCACGACCUGGGCUUCCUGCAGACCAUCCAGGAAGUCGGUGGCUACGUCCUGAUCGCUAUGAACGAAGCUGCAACCAUCCCAUUGGUCAAUCUGAGGCUGAUCCGCGGACAGAACCUCUACGAAGGCCGCUUCGCUCUGCUGGUGAUGUCCAACUACAACAGGAACAUUUCAUCAGCAACCCUCAACUACACCAGCGGCCUGCGACAGCUGCAGCUCAGCAGCCUGACAGAGAUCCUGAAAGGAGGCGUGAAGGUUACCCACAAUCCCCUGCUGUGUAAUGUGGACAGUAUCCAGUGGAGGGACCUGGUGGACGGGGACAGCAGUCCCAGCAUGCUGCUGAAGCUGGACGCCGUGGCCCAGGACUGUGAGAGGUGCGACUCCAGGUGUGUUAACGGACCGUGUUGGGCAGCGGGACCGGACCACUGCCAGAGAUUCACCAAGCUGCAGUGUGCAGAGCAGUGCAGCAGGAGGUGUCGGGGCCCCAAACCCAUCGACUGCUGCAACGAACACUGCGCCGCCGGCUGCACCGGACCUCGAGCCACAGACUGCCUGGCCUGCAGGGACUUCAACGAUGACGGGACAUGUAAAGACACGUGUCCUCCUCUUAAACUCUACGAUCCCAAAACCCACCAGGUGGUCAACAACCCCAACGCCAAGUUCACCUUCGGGGCGACCUGCGUCAAGACCUGCCCACAUAACUACGUGGUGACGGACGGAUCAUGUGUUCGGACCUGCGGAGCCGGGAUGUACGAGGUGGAGGAGCAGGGAGUGCAGCGCUGCAGAACCUGCGAUGGAGUCUGUCCUAAAGCCUGUGAUGGAGUCGGAGUUGGUUCCCUGAUCAAGGCCAUCGCAGUGAACGCCUCCAAUGUGGAGUCCUUCAGGAACUGCACAAAAAUCAACGGGAACAUCAUCCUCAUCGAAACCUCCUUCACUGGGGACCCGCAUUAUAAGAUCCCACCCAUGGACCCGGAGAAGCUGGAGUACUUCAGGACGGUGAAGGAGAUCACAGGAUUCCUGCUGAUCCAGUCGUGGCCCAAGAAUCUGACGUCUCUGUCGGUGUUCGAGAACCUGGAGAUCAUCAGAGGAAGAACAACACAUGUGCAACACAGCCUGGCGGUGGUGAGGGUCCAGCACCUCCUCUGGCUCGGUCUUCGCUCUCUGAAGGAGGUCAGCGCCGGGAAGGUGGUUCUGAAGGACAACCUGCAGCUGUGCUUCACCCGGAGGGACCAGUGGACCCGCCUGUUCAGGUCCAGAGACCAGGACGUCAGCAUGCGGAACAACAGCCCGCUGGAGCUCUGCGAGCAGCAGAACCGAACCUGUGACCAGCAGUGUACCCAGGUGGGCUGCUGGGGGCCGGGACCCUCCAUGUGUGUGUCCUGUCGCCACUUUGACCGUAGGGGGCGCUGUGUGCAGCACUGCAACCUGCUGCAGGGUGAACCCAGAGAAGUGGAUGUGAACAGCAGCUGUGUCCGGUGUCACUCUGAGUGUCUGCUGAGAUCCGGGACUCCGACCUGCUUCGGCCCGGGUUCCGACCAGUGUUCCCAGUGCGCCCACUUCAAAGACGGUCCCCACUGUGUCCCUCGCUGUCCUCACGGCGUGCAGGGCGGUGGAGACACGCUCAUCUGGAAAUACACCGACGGGACGGGCCAGUGCCAGCCCUGCCACCAGAACUGCAGCCAGGGGUGUUCGGGUCCUGGACUGUCUGGAUGCAGCAGGACUGCGACACACUCCUCGCUGGCGGUGGCAGUGGUCGGGGGGCUCCUGGUCGCUGUCAUCGUGUCGCUGGUCGUCUUCGUGUUGCUACGGCGACGGCGGAUCAAGAGGAAGCGGACUCUGCGCCGCCUGCUGCAGGAGAGGGAGCUGGUGGAGCCGCUGACACCGAGCGGUCAGGCCCCGAACCAGGCGCUGCUGAGGAUCCUGAAGGAGACAGAGUUCAAGAAGGUCCGGGUGCUCGGCUCCGGAGCCUUCGGAACCGUCUUCAAGGGUUUGUGGAUCCCUGAGGGGGAGAACGUGAAGAUCCCGGUGGCCAUCAAAGUUCUCCGAGAAGCCACAUCACCGAAAGCCAACCAAGAAAUCCUGGAUGAGGCCUAUGUGAUGGCCAGCGUGGAUCAUCCUCAUGUGUGUCGGCUGCUGGGGAUCUGCCUCACGUCCUCGGUGCAGCUGGUCACUCAGCUGAUGCCCUACGGCUGCCUGCUGGACUACGUCCGCCUCCACAGGGACCACGUCAGCGCCCAGUGGCUGCUCAACUGGUGCGUCCAGAUCGCCAAGGGGAUGAACUACCUGGAGGAGCGACACCUGGUGCAUCGAGACCUGGCAGCCAGGAACGUCCUGCUGAAGAAUCCAAACCACGUGAAGAUCACCGACUUUGGCCUCGCCAAGCUGCUGACGGCCAACGAGAAGGAAUACCACGCAGACGGAGGAAAGGUUCCUAUCAAGUGGAUGGCGUUGGAGUCGAUCCUCCAGUGGACCUACACCCAUCAGAGCGACGUCUGGAGCUACGGUGUGACCGUUUGGGAGCUCAUGACGUUCGGGUCGAAGCCGUACGACGGCAUCCCGGCCAGCGAGAUCGCCUCGGUUCUGGAGAGAGGAGAACGUCUGCCUCAGCCGCCCGUCUGCACCAUCGACGUCUACAUGAUCAUGGUCAAAUGUUGGAUGAUCGACCCGUCUAGCCGGCCGCGGUUCCGGGAGCUGAUGGUGGAGUUCUCCAGGAUGGCCAGCGACCCGUCCAGAUACCUGGUGGUUCAGGGGGAACCGCCCAGUCCGACAGACAGCAGGUUCUACUCCCGCCUGCUGAGCACCGGCGAUGCCGAGGACGUGGUGGACGCCGACGAAUACCUGCUGCCCUACAAAGGCCUGGGUAACCAUGACAACCAUCCCUGCGGCGCCAUGAACGGUGGUCCGGCCGGACAGGACGGCGUGGCUCUGCGCUACAUCACAGAUCCCACCCACAGCGCCCUCGACAGGGAAGACCUCAGAGGCCACGAUUACAUGAACCAGAGUGUGAGUGAAACCAGCCGGAGCAGCAGGCUGUCGGAGGUUUUAAACCCCAACUAUGAGGACCUGAGCCUGGGCUGUGGCGCCGCCUCACUGCCCUCUCCGCUGGAGGACCUGCACAUCUCUAACCCGGUUCCCUCCAGACCCCAAUACCUGAACACCAUUUCACUGCCCAGCGACGGCCUCAACGACCUCGACUACCGGGACGACACAGCCAUCAGCGGCGGUCUGUUCCUCCCGGCGGCGGAGAACCUGGAGUACCUGGGUCUGGGCGCUGCGCUGCAUGCUCCUGUCCGCUAGGGGGCAGCAGCAUCAGACAGACUAAACGGAAGAUGAAAGCAGCCGCUGAGUCCUGACACAUAAAAAGUCCUCCAUCAUGAGCUUCUACUGAAACCUCAGAGGAUCUUUACAAAGCUCCACUUUACAAACAACUAAAUACUUUAUUUAUUUCCACAGAGGAAGGAAAUGUGUGGAAACAUGAGAGUUUGUAGCAGCUGGACUGCAGUGAUUGUGAAGGAAACAGGAGAGACAGGAUCAGCAAGGGCGGAUCCAGAUUAACUUUAGUGGGGGGGCACCGAAACGCUGCAAGAAAAAAUGAAAGCUGCUGCUGACCUCUCGCUUUUACAAAGUAUUUUUCAUGUUUUUUUGGCUCUUUAACCCAGUAGGAAAGCUGUAUGUGACCGUUUCAUUUUGGACUGUUAACAUUAAAUUCUGAUGGACUUGU